ACGCAGAUCCGUCAUGUCAUCGUCCGGUAAAGACAACAGCGGUGCCCAACAUGCCAAUUACGUGGGACCUUACCGUUUGGAGAAGACGCUCGGGAAAGGACAGACAGGGUUGGUCAAGCUCGGAGUCCACUGUGUAACAUGCCAGAAAGUCGCCAUAAAGAUUGUGAACCGGGAGAAGCUCAGCGAGUCGGUACUAAUGAAGGUGGAACGAGAAAUAGCUAUUCUGAAGCUCAUAGAACACCCGCACGUUUUAAAGCUACAUGAUGUCUACGAAAACAAAAAAUACUUGUACCUUGUGCUAGAACAUGUGUCUGGUGGUGAGCUGUUUGACUACUUGGUGAAGAAAGGCAGGUUAACACCUAAAGAGGCCAGGAAAUUCUUCAGACAGAUCAUGUCUGCUCUGGAUUUUUGCCACAGUCAUUCCAUAUGCCACAGGGAUCUGAAGCCAGAGAACCUGUUGCUAGAUGAAAAGAACAACAUCAGGAUAGCAGACUUCGGCAUGGCCUCCCUUCAGGUUGGAGACAGUCUGCUGGAAACCAGCUGUGGAUCUCCACACUACGCCUGUCCAGAGGUCAUCAGGGGAGAGAAGUAUGACGGGAGGAAAGCGGACGUCUGGAGCUGUGGGGUCAUUCUUUUUGCCCUGUUGGUGGGCGCCCUGCCGUUUGAUGACGACAACCUGAGGAAUCUGCUAGAGAAGGUGAAGCUGGGAGUGUUUCACAUGCCACACUUCAUCCCUCCAGACUGUCAGAACCUUCUCCGUGGCAUGAUCGAAGUGGAUGCCUCCAAAAGACUAACGUUAGAACAGAUCCAGAAGCACACAUGGUACAUAGGGGGGAAGAACGAACCAGAGCCAGAGCAGCCCGUGCCCAGGAAGGUGACCAUCCGCAGCCUGCCCUCGGCGGACGACAUCGACCCAGACGUACUGGACAGCAUGCACUCCCUGGGCUGCUUCAGAGACAAAAACAAACUGCUGAAAGACCUGCUCUCAGAUGAUGACAACCAGGAAAAGAUGAUAUACUUCCUGUUACUGGACCGUAAGGAAAGGUACCCCAGUCAGGAGGACCAGAACCUUCCCCCUCGCAAUGAGAUUGAUCCUCCGAGGAAGCGGGUGGACUCUCCCAUGCUGAACCGUCAUGGCAAGAGGAGACCGGAGAGGAAGUCUAUGGAGGUCCUGAGCGUCACAGACGGAGGCUCACCUGUACCGGCCAGGAGGGCCAUCGACAUGACGCAGCACGGACAGAGGUCGCGGUCUAUUAGUGGAGCCUCCUCCGGCCUUUCCACCAGCCCCCUCAGCAGCCCACGGGUCACCCCUCACCCCUCCCCACGAGGCAGCCCCCUCCCCACCCCAAAGGGCACCCCAGUGCACACUCCCAAGGACAGCCCGGCUGGCACCCCGACGCCAACGCCGCCCCCCAGCCCUUCUAUCGGAGGCAUGCCUUGGAGGACGCGCCUCAACUCCAUCAAGAACAGCUUCCUGGGCUCGCCUCGCUUCCACCGCAGGAAACUCCAAGUCCCCACACAAGAGGAGAUGUCCAGCCUCACACCAGAGUCUUCCCCAGAACUUGCCAAAAAAUCCUGGUUUGGUAACUUCAUCAACCUGGAAAAAGAGGAGCAGAUCUUCAUCGUCAUCAAAGACAAGCCUCUCAGCUCCAUCAAGGCGGACAUCGUUCAAGCCUUCCUCUCGAUCCCCAGCCUGAGCCACAGCGUGAUCUCUCAGACCAGUUUCCGAGCAGAGUACAAGUCCACAGCGGGCCCCACAGUCUUCCAGAAGCCAGUCAAAUUCCAGGUGGACAUCACCUACACGGAGAGCACAGCCGCCACCAAGGAGAACGGCAUCUACUCUGUCACCUUCACCCUGCUCUCAGGACCAAGCCGGCGUUUUAAGCGAGUAGUGGAGACGAUUCAGAGCCAGUUGUUAAGCACACAUGACCAGCCUGGGGUCCAACAGCUGUCUGGCAGCCCAUUGAGUAACUUCUUUGACGUAAUAAAACAACUUUUUUCAGACGAGAAGAACGGACAGGUGCCCUACCCCUCUGGCACGCCCUCCAAGCACUGCCCCUCGCCCAUGCACGUCCGGAGGCACGAGCCAGAAAAUAAUGACACCAAAUGCCCCGCCGCGGGCCGAGACAGAGCCAAGUUGUCGCUGGCGUCUGUGGGGACACAGGAGGAGUCUUAG